AAGCCGUACUCUUGUGAAACCUGUGGGAAAAGUUUUAGUCAAGGAAGUACUUUGAAAGUCCACAUGAGAACUCACACAGGUGAGAAGCCGUACUCUUGUAAAACCUGCGGAAAAAGUUUCCGNNAAGGAAGUACUUUGACAGUCCACAUGAGAACUCACACAGGUGAGAAGCCGUACUCUUGUGAAACCUGCGGAAAAAGUUUCACUGAAGGAAGUAGUUUGAAAGUCCACAUGAGACGUCAUCAUCCUGAAACGUCCGUGGAAGAAAAAACUUAAACAGCGUAAAAGUUUGAAAUGAAGUGGACUUCUGUUGGUACCUGUAGAGGAGGUUGAUACAGUCAAGACAGUCAUAGUGUUUCGUUCCAUCAUUACAUCUUCAAAUGUUGUUAAUUUUAAUUUCUUCAUCAGCAAAAUGUCACAUACAUUGCAGCAAAUUCCCCAAACAGAAACCACCUCUACUGAUUUAGUGUAUGUUUUAAAAUGUGAUCACAGGCUGUAAUGCUGUACAGGUCAAACUGUGUGAAAACUACAGCCAUAUGUCAUGAAUUUAAUCUGUCAUCUGUUUGUUCCUCAUCAGUGAUUUAUUUCUUGAUGCAUUAUUGGAAAUGCUAAACUUGUUUUGAAGUCCGCAUUGAUUUUAAACAAACUUUUAAACAACUGUCUGCAGCUCCAUGAGUGCUUUGUGAAAUGUUUUGUUAUGUUAUGAAGAAACACACAAUUGGUUUUACUGGUUGUAGCUGAUACACACCCACAAAUGUUGAAAAACAUGUCAAGUUAGGUUGCAGUUUCUGCUGUUUCAAUAAAGACCUGGUGUUA